AUGCCUAUCGAUCCAAAGAGCGUGCUAGGCCGCUAUCGCCAGCUAGCCCCCUCCGCCUCGGUACGAGUUUCGCCAUUAUGCCUAGGCACAAUGACAUUCGGCGGCACACACCCAGAGAAAUACGGCGUAUGCACCAAAGAAGAAGCCUUCGCAAUGAUGGAUUUCUUCUACGAGAACGGUGGCAACUUCUUCGACACAGCAAACUCCUAUCAAGACGGCCAAUCCGAAAUCUGGUUAGGUGAAUGGAUUACCUCUCGAAAGAAUCGCGACGAGCUAGUGAUUGCCACCAAAUAUACGUCCGGAUAUAUGCUACACCAUGAAGACAAGAUCCAGGCCAAUUUCGUCGGCACCGGAACCAAAUCCAUGAGACAUUCUGUGGAUGAGUCCUUGCGAAAGCUUCAGCUGACUUAUAUCGAUCUGUUCUAUGUACACUGGUGGGACUUUACAACCUCGAUUCCGGAACUGAUGCAGAGUUUGAACCACCUCGUUGUGUCGGGAAAGGUAAACUAUCUCGGUAUUUCGGAUACACCUGCUUGGGUUGUGGUUAAGGCGAAUGCGUACGCGCGCCAGCAUGGACUACGACAAUUCUCUGUGUAUCAGGGAAAAUGGAAUGCCGCAAGACGAGACCAUGAAAGAGAUAUUGUUCCUAUGUGUGCUGAUGAGGGAAUGGGUCUGGCUCCGUACGCGACAUUGAACGCUGGAAACUUUCAGACUGUUGAAGGAUACAAAGCUCGCGAGAAGGUCAAUACUGGUCGGAAUUUUAUACCAGUCUGUGCGAGGGAUAAGCAAGUUGCGGCUAUUUUGGAGAAGAUCGCCAACAACCACAGUGAAGAUGUGACGCUAUUGAAUAUUGCGCUGGCAUAUAUUUGUCAUAAGGCGCCUUAUGUCUUUCCGAUUGUUGGUGGUCGGACGGUCGACCAUCUGAAAGGAAGCAUUCCCGGCCUAGCCGUCACACUGUCGCAGGAGGAGAUCGAUGAGAUUGAUACCGGGUAUGAGUUUGAUCAUGGAUUCCCUCAUAGUUUUUUGAGUGGCACUCUAUUUGACCUUUCCCACCCGAGAGGGGCUGCAGGUCCUGAGGAUGUGUGGUUGACCAAGCCAUGUGGUCCAUUUGACUGGGUCGAGCGUCCGAAGCCGAUUAAGCCCAAUCCGUCGGUAUAG